UUGUUGUUUCUCUUGUCGAAUUCUGCAAGUUAGCUUCGCAAUCGUGUAAGAAAGGAAGAAGAGAAACUGAGGCCAUUGAAGGAGAGAAUAGGGAGGCAUAUACUACUAGAGCUUCCCAUUGGAUACCUCCUCUGCUAGAAUAUCCGUUGUUAAAUGUCCCUCCAUCUCUUUUAGAUUCCUCCCAAAUAAUUCCAUUUCAUUCCAAAAUCCACAUGCACCUACUUUUCAAUUUUACUUAAUAAAAUCUGCGAUCAAAAGCCACCCCCAACUUAUACACUCAAUCAUCAUCACCAUGCCCUCCUCUCCUUCUCUCUCUAUAAAUCCCUCUCUCUCCACAGCCACUCCCACUCCCACUUCAUCGUCAUCUUUUCCUCAUUCUUCACCUCCAAUAUUCCUCAAAUUCCCGAGCAACCAAUAUUCUCGGACAAGACCCAUUAGCCUUUCUGCUCGUAAAGCUCGCUCGGGCUACUCAGAAAGUAGAAAACUUGAGGUUAGAGCAAGCAAUAUGACGAUUACAGAAGUUGAGAUUGAAGAAGAGGAAGAGGGUCCUCCUCCUUAUGUUGAAUCGGAGACCAACUCGAGGCCUCGCCGCAUUGCUCUGUUUGUUGAGCCUUCCCCUUUUGCAUAUGUGUCAGGGUAUAAGAAUCGAUUCCAGAAUUUCAUUAGGUACUUGCGUGAAAUGGGGGAUGAGGUGAUGGUUGUGACAACACAUGAAGGAGUGCCCGAGGAAUUUUAUGGAGCAAAAUGUAUUGGAUCGCGAAGCUUCCCCUGCCCUUGGUAUCAGAAGGUGCCCCUUUCCCUUGCGCUCAGUCCUAGAAUAAUUUCAGAGGUUGCCCAUUUCAAGCCUGACAUCAUACAUGCAUCCUCACCUGGAAUCAUGGUAUUCGGUGCUCUCAUCAUCGCUAAAUUAUUGUCUGUCCCCAUUGUGAUGUCAUACCAUACUCAUGUGCCAGUAUAUAUUCCAAGAUACACCUUCAGUUGGUUGGUGAAACCCAUGUGGAUGGUUAUAAAAUUCCUGCACACAGCUGCUGAUCUCACACUAGUGCCUUCAGCGGCAAUCGCUAAGGAUCUCCAAGUUGCUGGGGUUGCAGCAGCUAACACAAUUCGUCUUUGGAAUAAGGGUGUUGAUUCAGAAAGCUUCCAUCCUCGCUUCCGUUCUGAUGAAAUGCGUUCAAGACUAAGCAAUGGUGAACCUGAGAAACCUUUAAUAGUCCAUGUUGGAAGACUUGGAGUCGAGAAGAGCUUGGAUUUUCUAAAAAGUGUCAUGGAUAGGCUUCCAGAAGCACGAAUUGCUUUUAUUGGAGAUGGACCGUACAGGGCGGAGCUGGAAGAAUUAUUCUCUGGCAUGCCUGCAGUAUUUACAGGAAUGUUAGGAGGUGAGGAGCUCUCUCAGGCGUAUGCCAGCGGGGAUGUUUUCGUGAUGCCUUCGGAAUCAGAGACACUUGGGCUUGUGGUAUUGGAGGCUAUGGCUUCAGGCAUUCCUGUGGUAGGAGCUCGCUCAGGUGGAAUCCCAGAUAUAAUUCCGGAAGACCAGGAGGGGAAAACAGGAUUUCUCUAUAAUUACAACGAUCUUGACGACUGCUUAAGCAAAUUGCGGCCUCUGUUGGAGAACAAGGAAUUAAGGGAAACAAUUGGCCAAGCCGCGCGCAAAGAGACAGAGAAGUUUGACUGGAAAGCAGCCACUCGAGUGAUACGAAAUGAACAAUACAAUGCUGCCAUUUGGUUUUGGAGGAGGAGAAGAGCACAAUUCUUGAGACCUCUGCAAUGGCUGAUGAAACGUAUCUUCCCACAAACCCCACCGGAAAUUAAGUACAGAUGAUUCAAACCCUACUGUUCAGUACUGGUUGCUUGUAGACUUGCUUCAAAGAAGUUGUGGAUUGUACUUGUGAUAAUUGGAAUAGAUUCAUUUGUUUUUGUAUAUAUAGUGAAAUUGGACCCUGUAUUUUUAGCCA